ACAAUAGAACAAAAACUGCCUUUUAACUUUUGAUCAAAAACUGAAUCUUGUGUGACAUUUAUAGAAGAAAUAUACAUGACGAGUAUACGAGGGUUAUACAUAAAUCGUUUGUAUUAGAAGCAACGACGCAAAUAAGGAAUAUGAUUUCUUAUUUGUCUUGACAAUAAAACUUUUCUGAAUCAAUCAACACAGAGAUAAAAAGAAAAUGAAUAGUGGCAAAAAGUACAAUAGUUAGUAAAAUAAUGAACAUGAUUGAUAAAACAAAAUUAAUGUUGAAGAUUUUAACCAAAAAAAAAAAAUUAAUGUUGAAGAUUAGCAGAUGUCAAAAAAAGGGUUAAAGAUUAGCUUAACUGACUAUAGAUACCAGCUGUUGCAUACAACAAUGAAAAAUAUAUAGAAACAAAAUUAAUAUUAUACUACGAUUUAAUUUUAGAUUUGAAAAAAAAAUAGAUUUGAGCAAUUACGAGUUUUGUUUGAAACCUCUUAAUAACCCCCAAAAAUUGAAGAUCUAACAUAUAAAUCAUUUUUUUUUUGCUAAUACAUGUAAAUCAAAAUUAAUGUUCAAACGUUUCCAUUUCGACCUUAGCCAUGUUUGAUACAAUGAUAUUAUUAUGGCUCAUUUUCAAAAAAAAAUAUUAUUAUGGCUCUUCCAGAAACUAAUUAUACCGUUUAAAAAGAAAACUUUUUUCACCAAUGAGAUCCAAACGUGUAUGACUUCAUCUAGACAACGAUCACUUGUGGCAGCCUAGAUUUGAGGAAUAAUUAAUUCAUUUUAAGCAAUGGCCUAUAAGUUUUUCAAAUUCUUUUAAAUAUAUAAAAAUCAGAAUUUAAAAUAAUGUUUGUUGCUGCCUUAAAAUACCCCUUCAUUUGCAAGAGCAUAGAUCUUCUCUUAAGUCCCACUCAUCCUUUCAUUGCUUCUUCUCUGCUCCAAAGCCAAAAUCUCUUUGGUUAAUCUCUUACUUAAAACACAAAAAUGGUCAUUAAGAUUCCCAAUACUAUCAUUAAAACCACCUCACUUCUCUCUUUAAUCCUAUACUUCCUAAUAACAACAACAUCUAAUCCUCAUUCCGUUUUGGGUGAUGAGGUUGCCGACGAAGAAGAUCCCGAGUUUUACAUUCUUGAUGAAGCUCCCACAAUACUCUCAAACGUGACAGUUUCAUCCAAAACUAGACUACUAGUUUCUAAGUACAAGAAGAUCAAGAAAGGAAUGAGAUGUCACGUGGAGAGUUACAACAUUUGCAAUGGAGUCAAAGCCAACAAUGGCACGAGCCUAUUGCAUUGCUGCAAGAUGCAUUGUCGAAAUAUUCUUGGAGACAUGAAUAACUGUGGUCGAUGCGGUAAGAAGUGUGGUUUUGGGCAGCGUUGCUGCGGUGGUGUUUGCACGUACGUUAACUUUAACCCUAACCAUUGUGGGAAGUGCACGAGGAAGUGCAAGUCAGGGGUUGAGUGUGAGUAUGGAUAUUGCGGGUAUGCUUAACUUUAUAAAAUAUUGAAAAGUGAGUGUUAUAAUUUAUAUUGUAUUUUUGAGCUGUUAUAUUGUUUUCUUUUGUGGAAGAGACCGUUAUAGCAUACUGUAAGGAUUUUAUAAAUAUACAAAGUCUUCAUGCAUACGCAUGUAAUGAUUUUGUGGGUGAGUAUACAUAUGUAACACAAACAUAAUUAUUAAAUAAAAAUUUAAAAAAUAUAAAA